GGCAGUUUAUAGUGGAAAGUGCCUGAGUCACAAAUACAUUGUUUAUAUUUUUGUGAAAGAAAGAAAAUAUAUAUAUAUUGUGAAAAUGUCGGAAGCUACACAUGAUUCAUUUCCUGAUAUAUCCUCUCUGCAACCUGUGACAGAUAUAGAGCUUCCAACACAGUUCCAGAUAUCCCAGGAUAAACUCACAUUGUCAGGACUGAUAAACUGUCAGCUGACCCAGGAGUAUUCACCCAUACAUGUUAUAGAAGAGGAUUCUAUCGUUUCAUUCACGUUAAGUCCUCAGGAGACUCUAGAUCAGCAAGAUCAGCAGCUGGAGAUUCUUCUGCAACAACAUGAAGUCAAUGAUAUCCAGAGUAUAAUGAAUGGAUUUGGUAACCCUGAUUCCCUCUCAAUCAUGGAUAACAAGGAUGAUAUGGGAGGGAUGUUUAAAGAACCUUGGAUGGAGAUAGUAGAACAACCUAAAUCCAACAGUUUAAGAUUCCGAUAUGAAUGUGAGGGUAAAGGAGCAGGGGCACUCCAGGGCAAAUUUUCAACACAAGAAACAAAAACAUUUCCGAAAAUCAAGGUUCAUGGAUUCCAGGGGUUUGCUACAGUUGUAGUCAGCUGUGUAACACAUAACCAGGAUCCACCUAAAGCACAUCCUCAUAACCUUGUCAGUCCAGCCUCGGUCCCAAAUGGAUGUAAGUUUGGAAUCUGUACACAAGUAAUCAACCCUGAGACAAUGACAGCAGAAUUCCCCCAUCUUGGUAUUCAGUGUGUCAGGAGGAAGGAUAUAAAACGAUCCCUGGACCUACGACGAGAAAAGAAGGUUGACCCAUACCGCCAGGGCUGGAAGCAUGUAGAGAAUCCACAGAAUAUAGAUCUUAAUGCCGUUAAACUCUGCUUCCAUGUUUGGUAUGAAGCGGAUGUUCCUGGGAAAUGCACGAAACCAAUGAAACCGGUUUGCUCCGAUCCCAUCUACGAUGCCAAGGCUAAAAAGGAACUUCAGAUUUGUGACAUUUCUGACACUUCGUCCCCGGCUCUAGGGGAUAAGAAGAUUAUAAUACUCUGUGAGAAGAUUUCAAGAGACGACAUUCGGGUUCGUUUUUACGACGAAGCAGGAUGGGAGGCUUAUGCUAACUUUUCCCCUAGUGAAGUCCAUAAACAAUAUGCGAUAUCAUUUAAAACUCCAAAGUACAGGGAUUUGAAUAUAAAAGAGAAGGUGAGGGUUCAGGUGGAACUCUGUAAAGUAAACGGAGAAACAAGUGAGCCUCAGGAUUUCUACUAUCUCCCCACAAACCGAACUACUCCCAACGUUUCGUCCUAUGGUGAGGAGAUCUGCAAACAAGAAAUUAAACUUGAAGAUAAUUCUCUUUAUAAAUCCCAGCGUAUGCAGAUGAUUCCUCGGUCCAAUGUUGGUAAAAGUCCGUAUACUCAUAUACAACUAGGACAACAGGGAGGGUUCGUGUUAGCGGAGAAACGGGAUACUGGAGAUGGUGGAGGAAGAGGCGUACUUGGAGGGGAAGGAGUGGUUGGAGGUAGAGGAGUAGUUGGAGGUGGAGGCGUGGUUGGAGUAGACCAAAGCUCAGAUUUUUCCCUCUCAAAUGUACAACCUUUCAAUCUCAUCCAAAUAAUCUCCAGACUAUAA